UUCCGAGGGACAUUUCUGAGAAAGACACUUGACAGGAAAAAUUUGUGUGGUGCUUUGUGGGCUCUUUUUUUCUGGAUGAAAAAUCACAUUUUCUCAGUGAUACCAUUCGAGAUUUGCAGAUAUAUUCGCACCUGCAAGACCUAAAAUUGUAACAAAAGUGCAAGGGAAAAUGAGUGUGGACACGUACGGACCAAAUUCCCAGAGUUUGACUUUUCUGGACACUGAAGAAGACCUCAUUGGGGCUGACACCCAGGGCACGGAUUUUGACUUCCGAGACUUCACUGUACCCUCGCAGAGUCAAACGCAGGGUUCCCAGCUGGACAAUUUAGCUGGGCCAUCGACAAGUCAGGUAAAUGGAUUUGGGAAGCGCUUGGAAAUGGGCACCAAGGUGUCUGCCUUGGUGGGUGGAAUAAGUGACUUGCAAUUUGAGGAGGAAGACGACGACGCCUUUCUUUCAUCAAACCAGGACCUUCCAGCUCAUGCCUGUAAAUACUGUGGCAUUCAUGAGCCAAGUACUGUGGUCAUGUGCAACAUCUGCAAGAAGUGGUUCUGCAAUGGACGUGGAAGCACUUCCGGAUCACACAUUGUCAACCACUUAGUCCGGGCCAAGCAUCGUGAGGUCACUUUGCAUAGUGAUGGGCCCCUGGGCGAAACUGUCCUCGAGUGCUAUUCCUGUGGUGUCCGAAAUGUCUUUGUUCUGGGCUUCAUCCCGGCCAAAGCUGAUUCUGUGGUUGUGUUGCUCUGUCGCCAGCCAUGUGCUGCUCAGAACAGCCUGAAGGACAUGAAUUGGGAUCAGGAGCAGUGGAAGCCGCUAAUUUCCGAUCGCUGCUUCCUGUCGUGGCUGGUCAAAGUGCCCACGGAACAGGAACAGAUGCGAGCCAGGCAGAUUUCAGCGGCUCAAAUCAACAAGUUAGAAGAAUUAUGGAAGGACAACGUGGAAGCAACUUUUCAGGAUCUCGAGAAGCCGGGAAUUGAUAAGGAGCCCGCUCAGGUUCAGUUGCGUUACGACGAUGGAUAUCAGUACCAGAAUGUCUUUGGGCCACUAGUUAAACUCGAGGCGGACUACGAUAAACGUCUGAAGGAGUCCCAGACUCAAGAAAACAUUGAGGUUCGCUGGGACGUUGGUCUUAACAAAAAGACCAUUGCAUACUUCACCCUUGCCAAGAGCGAUGGAGAUAUGAAGUUGAUGCAUGGAGAUGAACUUAAGCUUCGUUAUGUUGGAGAGCUACACAAGCCUUGGUUUGGGGUUGGGCACGUGAUCAAAGUGCCAGACAACUAUGGUGAAGAUGUUGGCUUGGAGUUAAAGAAUAGUUUGCAAGCUCCGACUGAGUGCACGUCCAACUUCUCUGUGGACUUUAUCUGGAAGGGUACGUCAUUUGAUCGAAUGCAAAUGGCAUUGAGAAAGUUCGCUGUGGACGACAAUUCAGUUUCCAACUACAUCUACUCACGUCUUCUUGGCCACGGUCGCCAUGACGGAUCAGAUGAGGUUACAUUUCGCUGUACAAACCUCCCGAAGCACUUCAGUGCUCCCAAUUUGCCCGACUUGAACAGAUCGCAGGUGUAUGCAGUUAAGCAUGCCGUUCAGCGUCCAUUAAGUCUAAUUCAGGGUCCACCGGGAACGGGAAAGACGGUGACUAGUGCGACGAUCGUUUAUCAACUAGUACGUCAAAAUGGUGGUCCGGUCCUUGUCUGUGCUCCAUCUAAUACAGCAGUAGAUCAGUUGACGGAAAAGAUCCACAGGACCAACCUGAAAGUAGUACGAGUUUGUGCUAAGAGUCGCGAAGCUAUUGAUUCUCCAGUGAGUUUCUUGGCGCUCCACAAUCAAAUCAGGAACAUGGAGAGCAAUCUGGAAUUGCAAAAACUACAGCUCUUGAAGGAUGAGACGGGAGAAUUGAGUUCAUCCGAUGAGAAGAGAUACAGAACGCUGAAAAAGGCUGCUGAACGGGAACUUCUUGAAGCGGCUGACGUGAUUUGCUGCACUUGCGUUGGAGCUGGUGAUCCUCGUUUGGCCAGAAUCAAGUUCAAUUCCAUCUUAAUUGAUGAGAGUAUGCAGUCAACGGAACCGGAAUGUAUGGUUCCCGUGGUGUUGGGAGCUAAGCAACUUAUCCUUGUGGGAGAUCAUUGUCAACUGGGACCAGUUGUGAUGUGCAAGAAAGCUGCAAAAGCUGGCUUGUCGCAAAGUUUGUUUGAGAGGCUUGUAGUUCUGGGAAUUCGACCAUUUCGCCUGGAAGUUCAGUAUAGAAUGCAUCCAGAAUUAUCGCAGUUCCCGUCGAAUUUCUUCUACGAAGGAAGUCUUCAGAAUGGAGUUUGUGCCGAUGAGAGGAAGUACAAGGUGGAAUUCCCAUGGCCACAACCGGAUCGCCCGAUGUUCUUCCUGGUAACGCAAGGAGCUGAAGAGUUGGCUGGUUCUGGAACGUCAUACUUAAAUCGUACGGAAGCGUCGAAUGUCGAGAAGAUAACAACGAGAUUUUUGAAGGCAGGAAUUCGCCCAGAUCAAAUUGGAAUUAUCACUCCGUAUGAAGGUCAACGGGCCUAUCUUGUCCAGUACAUGCAGUACCAGGGCAGUCUCCAUUCCAAACUCUAUCAGGAAAUCGAGAUCGCAAGCGUAGAUGCGUUCCAGGGGCGUGAAAAGGACUUCAUUAUAAUGUCCUGCGUAAGAUCGAAUGAACAUGAAGGAAUUGGUUUUCUCAAUGAUCCAAGGCGUCUCAAUGUAGCCUUAACACGUGCUAGAUAUGGCAUAAUCAUCGUCGGAAACCCUAAGGUUCUCUCCAAGCAACCACUCUGGAAUCAUCUUCUCAAUUUCUAUAAAGAGAAGAAGGUGCUCGUCGAAGGCUCUUUGAACAAUCUCAAGGAGUCCUUGAUUCAAUUUGCCAAACCCAAGAAGAUUAUCAAUACCCUCAAUCCAGGCUCGCACUUUAUGUCCAACGUCAUGUACGAUGCCAAGGAUGCCAUGGUAGCUGGAUCAAUCUAUGACAAAUCUAGUUCAUAUGGCAUGAAUCAAUUCCAGCAGUCACAGCAGCCACCAAUUGGAUUUGGAGCCAUAGGAAGUGGCCCUAGGAAUGCUCAAGUUGAUAUGUUCUCCCGGACUCAUGAUUCCAUUAGCUACAUCAGCCCUGAGAGGGCAGCGAUGAACAAUAUGCCAGUGCCCGUGGGGAUGUUCAUGAACAUGACCAACAUCCCACCGAGAUUCUAUCAGCAUCAACAGGCCAUUCAGGCGGCCAAGCAAGGACGCAGGAAGGGACUUCCAAAUGGUCCAACUGGUCCAUCGGCCAUUGGAAGUUCGGCUCGAAGCUCUAAACCUCGCAAUGCCAGUCAGGGCGGACCUCUAACCCAAGGCAUGUCCCAGGGUAUGAGUCAACCUGGCUUCUGCUUGUCACAGCCCGGGGAUCUCUCACAAGACUACAUGGGAGACUACCAGAGUCAAAUGGAUGGAAUUCUCAGUCAAGACUAUCUCCAUAGUCAGGGAGCUGAUAGAAUGAACUUCGGCGGAACCAAUAGUCAGUAUACGCAACCCUACUGAUAAUGAGCUCAUGGAGCCGGAGCAGAAGAUCAAGGAUUUCUACAAUGGUCGUGGUUUAAUACAGCAAUUUGAGGAAAAACACAACUGAGCCCUAAUAGUGAAGGAAGAAAGAGAAAGAGAGAAACAUGAAUUUACGCGCAGCUAAUGAAUGUUGACUACCAAAAUGUGUAUCACAUGAUGACAAGAACUAUCGCAGUGAGAUGACUUUGAGCGAGAGAAGAUGAAGACUGCUGAAUUCUGGGAACAAUUGGAGAUAAUGAGAGAGAUCUGGAUUGUGGAGAUGUUGACAAUGCCUCCUCCAAAAAGAUAGCUCCCGAUGGGGGAAGAGAAAGAGAUGCCCAAGAUUCAGUGGGAUUCGCUGCAGGAGAUAAAUCUAAUUAAAAAAAAAAGAAAGAAAACGAUAAAUUCUCCUUUGCUCUUCUCAACAACAACAGCAAAAAUUGUUCAACCUUCAACGUGGAAGAAUGUGGAUUUGUCUCUGAAACGAUUGAAAUAAAAAUCAUCUUCUGGAGAUUCUUCUGAUGCUGAAGGACGAACUUGAUAAUAUCGAUGUGAGAUGUGAGUUUAAAAAAAAAUCUUUUCCCUGUUUUUUUCAGUUAAAUGCGAAUUUUCUUUCCUAUUAAUCAAUUGAGAAAUCACGACUGGAACUUUUUUCUAUAUUAAAAAAAAUCAAAUUCGCAGAAAAAAAAUCACGAAAAUUUAUUCUAACGGUGUUUGUUUUUGGCAACUUAAAAAAACUAUGUCCAAUCACUUUUGCUUCUAUAAAACAAUUUUCCGGCACUUUUUGGGUAGAUUUCAUCCCAUUUUUACAGAUUCUUUGUAGCAAACAUGAAAUUUCUGUUUUUUUGAAAAAUGAAUAAAAUGUCUUCAAAACACAAAAAA